AAAGUGACAUCGUUUCCGCAAACAUUUAAAUUUCCUUACAUUGCUGGUAUUAGCUGUCGAAAUCACUGAUGUGUAAUAAGAACCUUACAUAUUUUUUUGAGAUUCAUGAAACUUUUAUUAAUAACUGUUAGCUUGCAGCAAUGUUGAUUAACGAGGCUUUUCAGAGACAAUUAUCUACCAUUGUCGAGGUAUUAGUUGCAACGGCAGUUGCGGAGAUGGGCAGACUCCUCGAUGAGUGCUCUGCUUUUGUUAUGCCUCUAAAGUUGGUCCAGCAGAAUGAGGAAAGUAUUUUGCUGAAGAGUAGGCUUCAACGUGUGAACAAAACCAAGACAGAGACGGUCUUCAUUUCCACAACUACUGCACUGACACUGUCUCUGAGAGUGCCCACCAAGAGUAGGAUGACUAUAACCCCCAGACCUCACCUGCCUCAGAGACACAAGAUGACCAGAGAAACACAGAGCCAAACUCAGGCAGGAAUGGAGAAGAUGCCCAGUGUGGAGGGGAACCUACUGGAGAUGUGGUAUUGCUCUCUGAAUUUGAUCAUCAAGAGGAAGUUCACCUUAAUCCCCAGCUCUCACCUUCAUCAGACCCAGAGAAACAAGACAGCCAGCCCUCAAACAUGGAGCCAAACCCAGGCAGGAUUGGAGAAGCUGUCCAGAAUGGUGGUUCUUCAAAUGCAGACCAAAAUACAGAUGCAAGUGAUGCCACCGGAGCAGUGAAGAGGCCAUUCAUUUGCGAUGUUUGUGGAAAGUAUUUCGAUUGGAGAUGCACGCUUAAAGCCCACCUUAAUCAUCACACCAAACCCUUUAGCUGCCCACAGUAUGGGAAAUGUUUUGGUAUGAAGACGGGGUGUAAUAAUCACCUCUUGGCGGUACAUUCUAAAGACAAGUCCUUCAAAUGCACAGAUUUUGGGAAGAAGUUUGCUUUGAGAAAAGGUUUCAUCAAACACAGGGAUUUCAACCCAACUCUGCAUACCUGCACAACAAGUGAAAAAUCAUUCUGUGGGGAACGUGCGCUAAAACGGCACCCGGAAAAGGCAUACAUCUGCUCUUUGUGUCCAAAAACCUUUCGGUCAUGGCCAAUAUGGAAACGUCAUAAGGCAGAGCACUCGGGAGAAGUAUUGCUGUGAAACCUGUGGCAAGCUUUUCUGUUCAUCUUCAUCUUUAGCCAGUCAUCAGAGAACAACUCAUAGAGCAAAGGCUUAUAGCUGUGAUGUAUGUACUAAAGGUUUCAGGGAUGUAACCAAUUUCCAAAAACAUAUGACCUCCCACAUUAGAAAAGACCAUGUUAGUCUAUAAAAAGCUUUUGCCUGAAGUGUAUGUGAGAAAUGUUUCUCAUGUGCACGCACUCUCAGCGAUCAUCUGACCAUCCAUAUUGGAGUAAAAUGUUUUGGUUGUAGCACAUGUCACAAACGUUUUCGUCUUUCAACCAGUCUCAAAGGUCAUAUGACUUUACAUACUGGAGAGAAACCUUUUGUCUGUGGUUUAUGUGGCAAGCGUUUCCUUCUCCCACACUCUUUUGAAAGACAUAAAACCACCCACACUGGGCCUCCCGGGUGGAGCAGUGGUACGUUUGUGGCAAACCUCUCCCUGAUGCAGCUAGGCUCAAAUGGCAUAUGUUCGUACAUACUGGUGAACAACCUUUUGCCUGUGAUCUAUGUGGCAAAAGGCUCAGUGACCCAGGCAAUCUCAAAAGACACAAGCUGUCUCACACAGGGCAGAAAUUGUAUGUUUGUAAUACUUGUGGUAAAGGUUCAACAACCCUUAAGACACA